AUGCUGCAAAGGGCUGAAAGGUGUGUUGAAUUAGACAAGUUUGAAAAUGAUAGUCUCAUUCGCGAAAAUCUUUUGAGUUGGACACCAAUAAGUCAUGAAAACGAUCCAUUGAUUAAAUGUGUAAUUUUAUUAUUAGAAUUCGAAUUAGUAAAAUGGAAUUUGUUUUUUCAGAAGAAAGUUACUGACACAUUAAAAUUUCUUAACAAUAUAGAGUUAAACGAACAACUCAAUAUUUUUGAAAAUGACUUGCUACACGUAAUAUAUUCAGAAUCACCUCGCAAAGAGUUACAUUUGGUAUACUUGAAAGGAGCUAUGCAUUGCUAUAAAAAUGAAUGGUAUGUCAAAGGAGCGGAAAUUUGUCAAAUUGCUUGCACUGUACUACGCACGCCAAUGAUACUCACGCUAUUAGCUAAAUGUUUAAUACAGAUUGGUGAAUUGGAAACCGCCGAGAGCGCACUGAACGAAGCAAACGUUAUGGACAUAAAGAAUGAGGAAGUGUGGGCAUACCUGACUGUCGUAAACAUAAAAAUGGGAAACGCCGGCGAAGCGAAAGUGUGUUACAUACGAGCACUUGAGUGUGGACUACAAACAGAAAUGAAAAACGAAAUAAAUACAUUAUUUGGAAAGGAGUUGGAUAUGCUCAUAUAAUUAAAAAAACAAACUAACAUAUAUUUUAUUUAUAAUAAAUUAUUUACUUUAUUGCUAACAAU